AUGGCACCGUCUUCCGAAAUCCCUCCUCCAUAUGAGCUGCCACCUAAGCCCAGCGGGCUGAAGGUGGACAAGCCCAACUUCAUCAUCUUCAUGCCGGAUCAACUCCGCUACGACUCUCUGGGCUGCAAUGGCAACAAGACAGUCAAGACGCCACACAUUGAUAGCUUCGCAGCUGAGGGCACCCGCUUCACGAACUGCUUCGUCCAAGCCUCCGUCUGCACCCAGUCCCGUUGCAGCAUGUUCACCGGCAACUACCCUCACGUCUCGGGCCACCGCUCCCUCGAGAACCUCAUCAAGCCCUGGGAACCCAACCUUUUCAGGUCUCUGAAGGAAAAGGGCGGCUACCACGUCGCCUGUCUCGCGCCACGCGGCGACACCUUUGCGCCGACAGUGACUGAGAUGUCGCUAGACGAGUACGGCUUCCUCGAGACGCCCGAGUUCGUGCCGCGGUUUGCCGGGGGCGGUAAGGCCGAACCCGAGGACAAGGAGGACAUUUGGAAGAGGCUUUUCUACAAGGGCCUCAGAAACCCCAACGAGGCUCUCGACUACGAUGAUGCGGUCGUCAAGGGCGCGCUCAAGUGGCUGGAGCACCCGCCUACUGACAAGCCUUGGGUCUUGUUUAUGCCGCUCAUUUUCCCGCACUGCCCGUUCCAGGUGGAAGAGCCGUACUUUUCGAUGUACAACCGCGGAGAGAUGGGACAGCCCACCAAGCCUUCCGACAAGACGGGCUACGAGCCGCGCUACAUGCAGCUCAAUCGCGAGCGCUACGGCACGCACCGCGCGACGCCCGAGAUCUGGGCCGAGGUGAUGGCGACCUACUACGGCAUGAUCUCGCGGCUGGACGACCAGUUCGGCCGCGUCGUCGAGCGCACCAAGGCCCUCGGCCACUGGGACUCGACCGUCACCCUCUUCUUCACCGACCACGGCGAGUACCUCGGCGACCACGGCAUGAUCGAGAAGUGGCCCUCCGGCCUCUCCGACUCGCUCACCCACGAGCCCCUCAUCGUCGGCGGCGCGGGGCUGCCGCGGGGCGUGUCCUACGACGAGAUGGCCGAGAUGGUCGACCUCGUGCCCACGGUGCUCCAGUUCGCGGGCGUCGGCGAGCACUUUCCCCACUGCGGGACGUCGUUGGCGGAGAUCCUGACGGCGGCCGGGAAGGACGGGGAGGGGAAGGUGUUGAAGCACAAGGACUUCGCGUUCACCGAGGGCGGGUUCCUGACGAGCGAGGAGCCCUUGCUGGAGCAGGCGCCGUAUCCGUACGAUAUCAAGGCGGCGCUGCAACACGAGGAUACGACGGUCGUGGGGAAGAGCGUGUCGUGUCGUGAUAAGAAGUGGGCGUUCAUUUACAGGUUGUACGAGCCGGCGGAGUUGUACGACCGCCAGGGAGAUCCGGGCGAGCUGCACAACUUAGCAGAAGUCGCGGAGUAUCAGGAUGUAAGGAGGCGGAUGGAGGGCGUGGUGUUGAGGUGGAUGGUCGCGAGCAGCGAUUUCUUGCCGUGGCAGAAGGACCCUCGGUUCCCGGCCGUCGAGCUGGAGAGCGUUGCGGACCAGUACCGGAAGAGAGGCGGCGUUUUGAGUGACGGAAAGGCAUGA